AUGACCAAUAAUUAUCUUGAAAACAAAAUAUUGAAACAAUUUAAAAAAUCAAUCAAAAUUAUUUCAAAAAAUAAAAAAAAAGUUGUCAUGCAUAAAGAUUGUAGUUUAUUGGAACAUAAUGAUUUGAGGAGACUGGAGGAAAAUCAGGAAGCGGAAGAAUGGGCUCGGCGACAGAGCGGCCCCAUGGUCAACCCUUCCUUCGAGCCCGACGACUUCCUGCCCCAAAGUUUAUCACCGGUCAAAGAUGAGAAAAAAAGGCCAGGAGAUAAAGGAAUAUUCCUUGUUAAUAUGAAAGAAAAAAAUCUUCAAGAAGUUGAAGAAUAUGAACCCUAUGAUAACAGAGUCGUAGAUCAUCCUACAACAAACACAGAAACCCUCCUCCAUCUGCUGAAAGGCAGCUUAGGGACGGGUAUUCUAGCGAUGCCGCACGCAUUUGCUAAAUCUGGCUAUGUUGUCGGAACGAUUGGUACUUUCGUUAUCGGUGUACUGUGCACGUACUGUAUCCACGUGUUGAUGGACUCCUGUUACGCACUGUGCAAGCGGCGGAAGGUCCCAUCUCUUACUUACACCGCCGCAGCUGAAGCAGCGCUCUUAGAGGGACCUGAUUGGUGUAAAGUAUGUGCCCCAUAUGCUGCGCACGUCGUAAAUGCAUUUCUCCUCAUCUAUCAGAUCGGCACAUGUUGUGUGUACGUAGUGUUUGUAUCAGAAAAUAUUCAAUAUGUUAUGACAAAUCAAUUCGGUAUAAGCGUGACCGUUUUUGAAGUAAUGUUAUGGAUACUCAUUCCCCUGAUUCUUAUAAAUUGGGUUCGAGAUUUGAAAUACCUGGCACCGUUCUCAGCCAUUGCAAAUGCAGUCACGAUAGUAAGCUUUGGCAUUAUUUUGUACUACAUAUUCAGAGAAACACCUACUAUAGAAGGAAAGGUUCCCGCCGGAAAAAUAAGUGACUUUCCUCUAUUUUUUGGCACUGUUUUGUUUGCAUUGGAAGCCAUUGGUGUGAUACUUCCUCUGGAGAAUGAAAUGAAGACUCCUAAAGAUUUUGUUGGAAAAUUUGGUGUUCUGAAUCGAGCCAUGAUCAGUAUUAUAAUUCUCUAUGUAGGAAUGGGUAUGUUCGGUUACUUACAGUACGGUAACGAAGCUGCAGGCAGCAUUACUCUAAACCUGCCUUCUAAAACUGAAGUGUUGGCGAGUGUGGUACAAUGUUUAUUAGCAUUUGCAAUCUUUAUAACGCACGGCCUAGCUUGUUACGUUGCCAUCGAUAUUCUUUGGAACGAGUACAUCGGCAACCUUCUUCUGAAUAGCUCACGUCGUUUCAUCUGGGAAUACAUUCUGAGGACUGUCAUUGUAUUAGUCACAUUUGGUAUAGCGGCUGCAGUUCCUGAACUGGAUCUAUUCAUUUCGCUGUUUGGUGCCCUCUGCCUCUCCGCCCUUGGUUUAGCCUUUCCUGCGCUCAUCCAAACCUGCACCUACUGGUACUACGUAUCGGACUCUGAAAGGAUUCGUAUGAUCAUAAAAAAUUCCAUAGUAGUAGUUUUUGGAGCUCUCGGACUAGUUGUCGGAACUUGGACAUCACUAGAGGGUAUUAUCAAUAAAUUUUCCGCACAUGCCCCAGUAUUAAAUGCCACAGACAGCAUCCUCAAUGAAACUAGUUUGCUUCCGUAA